AUGAAGAAAGAAGUGGAGUUUAAGAAAAACUUGGUGAUUUAUCGCCAGGCUCGAGAUUCAAUGGAACGAGCCAUGAAUUUCAUGCAAAAUUUCGAUCCGGAUACGCAAGUUGAGCAAGCUUUAGCUCGAAAAAAUGCUCUUGAGAGUAAUUAUAAGAAAUUUUGCCAAGCCUCAUUGAAUCUUGAGAGCCUUGAGGAGGAGGAAAAUACUGAGAUAGAUUUCCCCAAGGAUAUGGCUGCUUUUGAGGAGGAUUACUUCACGCUUAAAGCGUUUUACGCAUCGCUAGAGGUACCCCGCACGCCAGCACCAUUGUCAGGUUCAUCGGGUCAUUCUUUUCGGGCCCUGAAGUUGCCGGAUAUUAAACUGCCGGAAUUCAGUGGCAGUAUUUUACGGUGGUUUUCGUACUACGACACGUUCGACUCGUUAGUACAUAACAACGCAGAGUUAUCAGAUGUGCAGAAGUUUCACUACCUCAAGUCGACUCUUCGAGGAGAGGCAUUGAAACUUGUUGAGAAAAUGUCUGUAACGGGUAACAAUUAUUCAGUGGCGCUGAAAAUGUUGACUGAUCGGUAUCAGAACUUGAACAUCCUGGUACGCAGUCACAUUGAGGCGUUGUUCAAAGUGGAAAAGGUGCGCAAGGAAUGUCCACGGGAAUUGACAAGUUUGGUCGGCGACUUCGAGAACAACUUAGGAGUUUUGGAGAAGCUGGGCGAGAACACGAAAGGCUGGAGUUCACUUCUGGUGCACAUGGUGUCAGCGCGGCUGGAUCACAACACGCUUCGCGAGUGGCAGCGAGCAGCGGAUAAAAAAAAGAUGCCGACGUACGACGAGCUGAUCAAGUUUAUCCGUGAGUACGUGAUGGAGCUAGAGACGUUGCAGUCCGAUCGACCAGUGCGUGACUCCAGACCCAAUCUCCAGAGCGUGAAUGCUGCUACCGACGUCAAAUCCAACGACAACUGUGCGGCGUGCGGGAAGGGACAUCGUUUGUAUUUCUGCGAGCAGUUCAAACACAUGCCGGUUACUCAACGUGCUGCGAUCGUGAAAAAAUCUGGAUUGUGUGUCAACUGCCUCUUUGGAAAGCAUUCGUUCGCUACCUGCAAGUACGGAGCCUGCCGAGUAUGCGGAACCAAGCAUCACACGCUACUACACAAUCCAGAUGUGGAUAAAGCAAGAGGAUCCGGCACAAAUCAAGUUCCGAAGCAGUCUUCCGUUUCCAAUUUCGCUGGUGUCGAUAGUUCGCUUCCUGUUCCUCUCAGCCUCUCCGCCAAUACGCACUCGGGGACCAAACGUCUCGACCUCUCCCCUUCGAACCAAGUAUUUCUCGCCACUGCUGUUGUCAAAGUCCUCGGUCCAAAGGGUACUUCGUUCCUCGCUCGAGUUCUGCUUGAUAGCGCUUCGCAGCCGAAUCUCAUGACUGAAAGGUUUCGUCGUCUUCUGAAUUCGCGGAAGACUCCUGGUAACACAGAGAUCGCUGGCAUUGGUGGAAAUAUUUCUGCAGUUUCGCUGUUUUCGACUGUCGCUACGGUUGCCUCACGGUUCAACAACUUCCGAGUUCCGCUGGAGUUUAUUGUGAUGGAUAAGGUGACCAGCGAUCUUCCAACUUGCACCAUCGAUGUUAACGAUUGGGCCAUUCCGGAGAACAUUCGUCUCGCCGAUCCAUCGUUUGCUACGCGUGGUCCCAUCGAUAUGGUGAUUGGUGCACGGGUUUUCUUCGAGCUCUUGCGAAGCGGUCACUCCAAACUUGGCGACGGAAAACCGAUGCUCCAGAAUUCGGUGUUUGGUUGGCUCGUAUCCGGUUUUCACGACAGCGGUUCCAAUGCGGAUGAAGUUCGGGUCCAUUGUAACCUGUCGACGUUCCACGAUCUUGAGCAGAGCGUUAGCAGAUUUUGGGAGCUUGAAAUGUGCCAGACAAAUUCUACGUUGUCAGUUGAGGAGCGCCUUUGUGAGAACCACUUCGAAUCAACAACUCGCAGGGAUGAUUCCGGACGUUACAUCGUUAGCCUGCCCAAAAAACCGGAACUUAUCGGUCAGCUGGGAAAUUCGCGUGCUAUCGCCACUCGUCGAUUCUACUGCCUCGAAAAACGUCUUGAGCUGAAUUCCGAUCUCAAGGCAUAA